ACUCAUUUGAAUUGGGACUUUGGGACACGACGCUCACGAGUUGGGUCUCCUCUCCAAGAAAGGAGAAAGCUAACAAGGAGGAGGAGGAUAACAUAGAGGGAGUCCAAUCAAUGCUUCAUCGUAAGGCUUUAUCACGGUGUUAAUGUCGGGCAAUUCGAAUCUUCAUUAUCGUCAGAAAAGGAUGCGUGCUUCUUGUCCGUCAGCUUCAGAUAUAAUCAGUGACCUACCUGGAAAUAUUAUAGAUAACAUCUUGACUUGCUUGCCAAUUCGAGAUGCUGUUAGGACUAGUAUUUUGUCCAGGAAAUGGAGAUUUAAGUGGCUAGAUCUUUCGCAACUUGUGUUGACAACACCUUCAGCAAAAGAUCACCUGGAAAGCCAUCCCUCUCGGAAAGUGAAAUCGCUUUUGAGGCAUUUAAAUCUAUCUUAUUGUGUAUUCAAACCUCCACAUGCAUUCGAGGGGCUUAGCAACCUCAUUAGUCUUGAACUCGAUGACUGUUUUCCCAAUCUCACGGUCUUUUGCUUCUCUGGCACUUUCAAACCUAUUUCUUUCAAGAAUGCCCCCCUUCUUGUGACUGUUAGGAUCGAAUCUGUUUAUAACGGGAAUGUUGAAAGUGUAAGAAGAGGAGAAAUUCUAAUGCAGUUGAGCGGAAAUUCUAAUGCAGUUGAGGUUUUGGGUUGUCUACCUGCUAUAAAAAGGCUUGUUAUUUGCUGCAGCUUUAUUAAGUACUUGUCUGUAGGCAACAUACCAUUGAGGCUGCCGACUACUCUUAACCGCCUGAAAUCUCUUGAGCUGCCUGCAAUAUAUUUCAAUUGCAUUGAUGACGUCCGGUUUGCUCUUUGCUUGAUUAAAAGCUCUCCUAAUCUAAAGAAGCUUAAAAUUGAGCUUUUCCAAACCAUGGAUGAUAAUAUUGAUCCCAUACUCCAACUUUUGGAAGCUUAAUUCUGCCGUGGUGACUAUACCUUUAAUCGGCUUCAAGAAGUAAGGAUGGAAUGCUUCAGCAGUGCAAUUACUGAAUUGAAGUUUCUCGAACUCUUAUUAGCCAAAUCGUUGACGCUUGAAAAGAUAUACAUUACACCUCCUUUUGGGACUGAACCUCGCAAAUCGUUGAAGAUUUUGAAGGAGGCAACUCAACUCGAACGAGCUUCGCGGAGAGCAGAGAUUAUGUACUUGGAAUUCUGACGACCUUGAUGAUUCUGAUGAUCUUGAUGAAGCCAGACGUAGUGUUUCCGAAGAGUAAAAGGCUAAAAGCUAUCCUUUUCGCCACAUUUUUUCAACUCGUUGCUAAGACAUUUUUACUAUUUCAAUGUAAGCGAAUUUGCUGGCUUUUUUU